AUGCAUCCAACCAUGGCUGAUUAUUGUCUAUGCUUUUUAUGCAAGACUGCAGACAUUCCAGGUAAAUUUGAUGCUGAAAAAGCCAACCUGCUUGGCAUUGUUGGAGCAGACAGAGGAAGACUUGUCAAAGGUGAAACCAUACAAGUGAACGGACGUACCAUCAAACCUGAAGAUAUUAUUAGUCCUCCAACACCUGGUUCAGAAGUACUAAUUAUUAAUUGCCCUAAUGAGCAUUACUUGACAAGUUUGUUGUCAAACAAACACUUUGAAAAGUACAUGAGCACGGUAGUAUCGGUGAUACACUGUGUUCCUCAUCAUAUUCUCACAACUCCUCAAUAUCGAGAAUUUAUGGAUAAGUUUCAUAAGGAAUGCGAUCAUGUCAUUGUAAAUGAAGACUCCUCAAAGGAUGCCUCAUCAUUUGUUUCCUCCUGUACGAACAUUACAGAGUUCAGUCUAGUUGAUAAGGAAUUAUUUACUCAAUGUUUAACACCGAAUUACAAGAGUGACUCUGACUCAAAUAGAUCACAAGUCAUUGAGCAGCAUCCAAAUGCAAAAGUGGUAUAUGGAGAAAGUUUAAUGAGAUACAAUCUUAUUCCAGUUCGAUAUAGAGGCAUAGACAAUAGCAAAGUACCGUAUAUUCACAAAAUUGAUCCAGAACAAGUUGAGCAAACCUUUUACCAAAAUUAUCCAGCCAUUGCCAAACAUUUGAAUGACUACAAGGAAAGAGUUGCCAAGGAAAGUGACUUGAAUCAGACCGAAUCUCAUCCACAAGCCAAUAUUUUAAAGAAAUGUAGUGAUGAGGAAUUUGAAAUAAUUUUCUUGGGAACUGGUUCUUCUAUUCCAUCCAAGUAUAGAAAUGUGACUGGUAUUUUAUUGAACUUGUUCGAUCGUGGAGCAAUUCUGUUUGACUGUGGAGAAGGAACAUUGUCUCAAAUUUACAGAGCAUGUGGAAAAGAAAAAGCAGAGGCCAUUUUGAAAAAACUAAAAUGCAUUUGGAUUUCUCACUUGCAUGCAGACCAUCACUUGGGAUUGGCACACUUUUUGGAAGAACGUUCUGAAUUGACAAACGACAAGGUGGUCAUUGUUGCUCAAAAUCGUAUCAAGGUUGCUCUCUCCGAAUACAUUUGUUGCUCGAGCGAUACGAAGUUUGCCUUUGAUUUUGUGCCCAUGAAAAACAUUACUCCUGACACUUACAGUCCAGAUAAGAUAUUAAUCGAUCGUGUCUUGGCUCCUCUCGGCUUAAAAUCAAUGGUCAAUGUACCAGUCGACCACACAUGCAGUGAGGCACAUGGUAUUGUUGUGACUCAUCAAAAAGGAUGGAAAGUGGUAUUUUCAGGAGAUACACGACCUUGCCAACGCCUCAUUGACGCUGGCAAAGACUGCACGGUGCUGAUUCACGAGUCAACGUUUGAAGCUGCACUUCUUCAAGAUGCUGUAAACAAGAAGCAUUCAUGUUCACAUGAGGCCAUUCAGGUUGGUGAAAAGAUGAACGCCUAUCGAACCAUUUUGACCCACUUUUCACAACGCUAUUGUAAAUUCCCAAUUGUGGAUUCGCACGAUUCAGAUUAUGCCAUCAAAAAUGUUGCAGUGGCACACGAUUUGAUGAGACUAAACGCCAAAAAGCUUCCCAAGAUUCCUCGUGUGAUGGAACUAUUGAAAGAUUUUUGGUCCAUCAUUGAAUUAGAUGAUUCUGCUUUUAUCAAUAAUCCAAUCUCUGAAGAUCAGGUCAAUGAUUAA